AGUUCUGUGUUCUCAGAAGACGCUGUGCCCGCCGGAGUGGGGGGAGCGCGCUGUGGAAGAUGGCGCUGAGAGUGCUGAGCGGGCUGAGGAGUGUGAGCAAUGCCGCCAGGCUCGUCCCCUGGAGGGGCUGUCCCGCCAGACUGCUGAGCAACGCCGCCCGCCUGCUGGCUGCCCGAAAAUUCACAGACAAGCAUGAAUGGAUAGCAGUUGAAAAUGGGAUUGGAACUGUGGGAAUCAGCAAAUUUGCCCAGGAGGCAUUGGGCGAUGUGGUUUACUGUAGUCUUACAGAGGUUGGCACCAAGUUAAAUAAACUAGAUGAGUUUGGAACCUUAGAAAGUGUAAAGGCAGCUAGUGAACUAUUUUCUCCACUGACGGGAGAAGUAACAGACACAAAUGGAGCCCUAGCUGACAAUCCCGGCCUGGUGAACAAAUCCUGCUAUGAUGAAGGAUGGUUAAUAAAGAUGACUGUAGAUGUUCCCGCUGAACUGGAUGAUCUGAUGAGCGAAGAUGCAUAUGAGAAAUAUGUGAAGUCCAUUGAGGAACACUGAUCCCAUGAAGGAACAUGUCCAGCUAGACAUCUUAGUCAUGUUUAGAGUCAGAGUAGCGGUUUAUGCCCAUGUUGGCGCUAUGUGCCUACUACAGAGGUAACUGUUAACUAAGCUUCCUGCCAUGUAACCUAAGUUGGACUGGCCGACACAGAAGCAGCUUCAGGAUCCUCCUAAUUUUGUGUUUUUUUUAAAGGAGAAAUUACCCUGAAAUUUUACAGUUAAUACAACUAUAAUUAUCCGGAUAGGAUAGUCUUUAUAUUGGUUCCCUUUGUGUGCUUCCCUCCAAUUUCAAAAAGACUAGAUUUGAUACUUUCCAAAGACUGCCAUAUUUUUCCUGUAUCAGAAUCAUUGUAAAUGAAAACAAUAAUGUGUUUAAUGAAGAUCAUAUUUUUUUGGUAAUCACGAUGAAAAGCCCCACUGCAGGUUUACCAAUAAUACUGUGUAAUAAAAACAUUGACACCUUG